GUCUGUAGGUGCUUCAUUAUCAUGGGAGGAGAUUUUAACGUUUACGCAAAACCUCCCAUGGGUGUUGUUGUCUCUCUUUAGAGCAGUAAACAGGGACCUUAGAAGGAGGGAAUUACAUUUAAUCUAAAAUGUAUUUCUUAUUUAUUAAAACUACUUUUCACACUUCGCACAAGUAGCCAGGAGUUUAUCUUUGAAGAGCAGAGUAGUGUGUUUAAAGGAAGUGCAGAGGAAUGGUCCGGAAAGAAAGAUCCCGGUCAUACGCAGAGUUUAAUGAUGACGAUGAUGAAGGAAACAAACAGUCGACAGGAUUCUUCGACGAUGCGAUCGAGAAGCUGGACCGCGAGGAGACCAACGACAGCGUGUCGCCGGAGGAGGAGGAGGAGGAGGAGGAGGUCAGCGAGAGCAGUCCUCCCAUGAGGUUCAGUAAGAGCUGUCUGAAGAACCUCUUCAUGGUUGUGCUCAUCUUCAUCUACCUGUUGCUCACCGGGGUUGCCUUCUUCCUCGCCUACCAGACCAUCUCUGACUUCCUGGAGAAACUCAACCACCCCGUCAUGUCCGUCACCUACAAGGAGGUGGACUCCUUCUCACCCCCGGGUAUCGCUCUGUACCCCGGCAGAGCUGAGCUGCUGAGCUGCAAACAUCACUUCCACGACUAUAUCCCUCCGUUAGUGGAGCCCGGGACGCACCAGGAGGGAGAGUGUGUGACUCAAGACGUGACGUACGACGGACCGUUCUGCAACCAGACCCUGAGGAAAGCUGUGGUGGUGCGCGGUCCAUCUGACGUCAGGAACAAAGAGUUGAUCUUCAUGCAGUUCAGCCUCAACGAGACGGAGGAGGACUUCAGCGCCAUCACCUACAUGCUCUUCUCCAAGUUCAGUGACCUGACUGAGAGUGAAAAUAAGUCUGACUUCAUGAGGGAGUGUGAGAGAAACUACUCCAUGUGGACGUUCUCUGGAGGAUUCAGGACUUGGGUCAAGAUGUCUCUGGUGAGGACGUCCGGGAAAAACCACGAGGCGGUGGAGUUUCGGCAAGAGUCCGCUGUGGUGAAAUUCAACGACAAAAGGCCGGACUCGGAGAAAAACAACCAGCUGUUCUUUGCCGUCUUUGAAUGGCGCGAUGCCUUCAUGCAGGACAUCCGACUGAUUGUGACGGCUAAUCCCUGGAACACCGUGGCCAUCCUCUGCGGCGUCUUCAUGGCUCUCUUCAAAGCCGCUAACUUUGCCAAACUCACCAUCCAGUGGAUCAUCAAAAUGCGGAAGAGGCAUCGGAGGAAUAAAGCUCGGGAGCUGAACCAAAUCCAGUGAGAGACUGUUCCAGAAACACACUGAUGGUAAACUGGGA